AUGGUUCAGGGAAAGACAAAGGGCUUGCAGACUAAGACUGCGUCCUCGAGACAAACCAAGAAAGCAGCUGAGACGAAGAAAGGCAAGCGCUACAUCCCACCCAAGAAGGCCGCCCUGGUCAAGCAGGCCACGAUGCGCCAGUCUUUGACUGCUAAAAUCAGCAAGUCCAUUGAGCAGCAGAUGGUCUCUGCCGCAUCGCCGGGAAAACUUACAAUUAUGAAGGGCGCAUCGGAUGCAUCGUAA